AUGCCGGGUCGUACUCAACCUCUGCCAGAUUGCGGCGGCAUGACUCCACGUCAUCAUGAACUGCUUCGUAACUAUUCGAUCUCAAGAAAUGGCUUCCUUCCGGAGAAAGAACCCUUGAACCGUCUACCAGAACCUUACUAUACCCCCUGGGAAUCUAUAUUGGAUAAUCUUCCGUCAAUGCUAAGAGACAAGUCGAUCCGGAAAUCUGUAGAUUCCAUAGGGGUUCUUUCGACGGGUAGACUCGCCAAAGAGGAAGAAUGGCGGCGGGCUUACGUAGUGCUAUCAUUCUUAGCUCAUGCGUACAUCUGGGGUGGUGAAAAGGCAUCAGAGGUGCUCCCCCCAGCGAUAUCUGUACCGUUUCUUCAAGUUUCGGAGCAUCUCCAUCUUCCACCGGUUGCGACGUACGCGGCUCUUAAUUUAUGGAACUUUACCUGCGAUGGACCCGACUUUCGAGAUCUCGACAAACUGGGGGCGAUGCACACAUUUAGUGGCACGGAAGACGAGGCAUGGUUCUAUUCGGUAUCGGUAGCGAUGGAAGCGGAAGGCGCCUACAUAAUUCCGGUUAUGCUCCAAGCACUCGAAGCGACUCAAAUCCGGGAUUAUUCGGCGAUAACCAGAGCGCUAGAUCAACUAAUAAUCUGCAUCGGGAAUCUCGGCAGACUUCUCGAUCGAAUGGAUGAGAGAUGCGACCCGAUGGUUUUUUACCACCAGAUUCGUCCGUAUCUAGCGGGAAGUAAGAAUAUGGCGGCUUCGGGACUUCCCAAUGGCGUCUUAUACGAAAACGAACAGGGAUUACUCUGUUGGAAACAGCUGAGAGGUGGGAGCAACGGGCAAAGCUCGCUUAUUCAAUUUCUUGACAUUGUCCUCGGAGUGGAACACACGUCGCCUGGGGGUAGCACGGGUGAAGCCGUAACAAGUUUCCACGAAGAGGUCCGCUCCUAUAUGCCGGCGCCGCACAGAGCAUUUUUAGAGCACGUCUCACGAAUGGGUAGUAUAAAAGAGCUCGCUCGCGAGCAGUGUGAUUCGGAGAAACAAAGACAGAUGCAGCGAUCAUUUCGAGCUGCCACCAAAGCGCUCGGUGACUUUCGCAAUAGGCAUAUGCAAAUCGUAACACGAUAUAUCAUCGUACCGUCGAGGAAACAGUUCCAAGGUUCGGUGGUGAAUCUAGCCACCGCAUCAUCAAGGUCUAAAGAGGGCACAAAAGCGCAGUUGACUGGGACUGGGGGAACAGCAAAUCCCAGGACACGGGAUUUGCCUUCUCCGGCGUCUCCUGCGGUAGUCCAAUCACCCGUUCCGUCCGUGAGGCCGGAUGCAUCUACCGAUAUUCCCGUUUCUUCAACCGAGCCCUCUUGCGGUUACACGCACGCUCAAGGCCGCACCUCGGAUGACGUCGCCCUCCGUAGCGAUGCCUCCGCCGAAGAAGAAGCAGACGUACCCCGCGAAGCCCGAUUAUUGUGUGAUGCUCACGGAAAGCUAACCUUCGUCGGGGAUUGCGCUCCGCUCUCUCUUUUCCAGACUGUACGCCAGAUAGUGACAUCUCGAGUCGAUCCGAACGCCUUUACUGCGCAGACAGGACAAGCAGAUCGGGUUUCUAUGCUGGAAAACUCUUCCUCUCAUCCGCCACUCUCGGCUAUCGGCAAGGAACCCCGUGUCGACUCUAAUAGAGUACCACGGCUAGUUCACUUAUUUACAUCAGCGACCUCGGGACUAGUUAGUCUCUUUGAGAAUGAGCAUCUGACGAACAAUAUAUCGGCAUGGAUUAACGACAUAGGAGGAUCCGCCAAUGCCAUAUCCGCAGUCAAUUACUUAGUCCUGGCUAUCGGUUCGCAGUCCGUCGACGAAGAAUCCGCCGCCGAGCUUUUUCAACAUGCGAAGACCUUGGCCCUAUCAUCCCUCGGUGGCGAUUUGGGGAUUGAGACGGUCCAGGCUUUCGCCCUCAUCACCAUAUAUAUGCUUCGAGCAUGCCAGAUUAACGGAGCUUAUCUUUUCUUUGGCAUCGCCGCCCGGGCGGCCUACUCGAUUGGCCUUCAUAGAACGGAAGUGAAUACUCGGUUCGGAUCUAAUAUGCAUUCUCAGAGGGAUCGCCUUUGGAAGAGCUUGAGAGUUCUAGACUUAUUUCUCAGCAUAUCUAUGGGUAGACCACCAUCUAUGUCGGAUAUAGACUGCACCGUACCGUGUCGUACAUUUAAUGUUAACGGUCAAGAGCAGUACGAACUUUUGGAUGCUUCGGUUCAGAUUCUCUCCAUCACCGAAGAAAUCGUUCUCCGAGUAUACUCUAGAAGAAAGAUUUCUUUACAGCUCACGGAGGGAAUAUCCCGCCAACUUCGAGAUUGGUCAGGUAGAUGGCUUUCUCGCUUAAAACAAACCGUUGCCGAACCGUCGCGGGAGGAUGGAGCAGAGACCAUCGGUGCGUGUCAAGUCAUGUCUUCUUAUUAUUAUGCCGUUAUGCUAGUGACCAGACCCUUCCUGAUGUACGAGUUGUAUAAGCGUCUACCAGAUCCAGAUAUUCCCACUGCGGCCAAUGGCGGUGGUGACAGCUCGGGGAGGGUAAAGCUAGCAAAUGCAUGCAUUGAUGCUGCAAGUUUGAUGGCCGAAUCAGUAGCGGGUUUGGUAAAUAAGCAGAUCCUAGACGAGCGCAUGCCGUUGAUAGUGUCGUGGCUAUUCGCCUCGUCUUUAGUGCUUGGUGUUGGUCUCCUCGGGGGCUUUGGGCGAAUACUCGAAAAAUACGCUUGGAUGUCUAUCACCGGACUGGAAUACUUUGCGAGGGGCGACGCGCAUGCUUUGCAAUACUCGCUUAUUGCCAAGUCCUUAUUGUCUAGCGCUCUAAAACACCUUCAAAAGCAGGACGUCGACGAACGUCUUCGAAUCACGGAGAGCUCGUCCAAGCUAUUCGGACUAGUGCCAAAAGAACGGCAACCCCAUGAGGCCCCUCCACCCACCCAUGAUACCCAGCCAAGGAUGCUCCCAUCGGACCCGGGGACGACCGAUAUGCCUCAGAGUCUACCAACGCACGAUCUAUUCCCUUCGCCAUUUCACGACAUAGAUCCGGCCCUUCUAUCGUUAGGUUAUUCGUUUGAUUCCACAGCAGGUGCCUUUCUAGGUAGAGACCAGCAGGAUCGUAUUGAUCAUGUUUUUGGUGCCCUAAACCUAUUCCCCUUAUUGGACGGCAAUGGUCAUAUAGAUCUCGUCCAUAAUUUUUAA